GCCCCGCUCCGCCACCCGCCGAGCCCGGCCCGGCCCCGCUCCGCCACCCGCCGAGCCCGGCCCGGCCCCGCUCCGCCACCCCGCCGCGCCCGCCGCCGCCUCCGCGCCCUCCCUGCCCCCCGGCCGCCCCGCAGCGCGGCGGCGGGGCGAGCAGGCCCAAGCGGGGCCCCCCGGCCGGGGCUCCCUGACACCCCCGGCCCUCAGGCUGCCGGCACGGAGCGGAGCCUGCGGUGCUGCUGCCGGGGACGCUGCCGCAGCGAGGCCCUGCGGUAAAGCCUGUGCUAAAGCUGUUCCCGGAGGGGCUUCUGCAGUGCCCUGUGCCAGUUACUCUGACCACAGACUUCGUUUCCUUCUUCAGAAGGAGUGGUGCUGAGGUAACAUCUGAGCACGUCUAGGUGGUGCUUUAGGAGAAGAGACAGAGAGCUGCCGGGAUGUUCCUGCGGCUGCUGUCCGAUCUGCAGUGGCGGGCAGCUCACCCGAAAUGGAGGAGGAUGCCCAGCUCCCAGAGAAGCACCUCAGCUACAGCAGAGCCCCACCCCGUGUCCCUGCCAGCACAGGCACAGGUUGUCAUCUGUGGUGGUGGAAUCAUGGGCACCUCUGUGGCCUAUCACCUUUCCAAGAUGGGCUUUAAGGAUAUAGUCUUACUUGAGCAGGGCAGGUUGGCUGCUGGCACCACUCGCUUCUGUGCUGGCAUUGUGAGCACAGCCAGGCCUGUGUCCAUAGAGCUGAAGAUGGCACACUAUUCAAACAAGCUCUACCAGCAGCUGGAACAGGAGACAGGAGUGCAAACAGGGUACAUGAAGACAGGCUCUAUUUCACUGGCUCAGACUCAGGACCGACUGAUCUCUCUGAAGCGCAUUGCUUCAUCGCUGAAUGUAAUGGGAAUACCAUGUGAAAUUAUCAGCCCAAAGAAAGUGUCACAGCUCCACCCGCUCAUCAACAUCCAUGACCUUGUGGGGGCCAUGUAUGUGCCAGAAGAUGCACUCGUGUCGUCUGCCAACGUGAGCCUGGCUCUGGCAACUGCUGCCUCACGGAAUGGUGUCCAGAUUCAUGAGCGGACGAGUGUCAGCCAUGUCACAAUCCAGAAGGGACAAGUGACCGGGGUUGAGACUGACAGAGGGCGGAUUCAGUGCGAGUACUUCGUCAACUGUGCUGGCCAGUGGGCCUAUGAGUUGGGCCACUCUGGGGAGGAACCAGUCCAUAUCCCAGUCCAUGCCUGUGAACACUUCUACCUCUUGACACAUCCUUUGCAAGAGCCUCUGUCAAGCAGCUUACCAACUAUUGUCGACCCCGAUGGCAGGAUCUACAUACGCAACUGGCAGGGUGGCAUCCUCUCAGGAGGCUUUGAGAAAAACCCCAAACCCCUCUUCACGGAGGGACGGAACCAGCUGGAGAUCCAGAACCUUCAAGAAGACUGGGAUCAUUUUGCGCCACUUCUGGGUGCCCUCCUGCGCAGGAUGCCAGCUUUGGAGGCUCUGCAGAUCAUGCAGUUGGUGAAUUGCCCAGAGUCCUUCACCCCAGACAUGCGAUGCAUCAUGGGAGAGUCGCCCACUGCACGAGGCUACUUCGUUCUGGCUGGCAUGAACUCAGCUGGCAUCUCCUAUGGUGGGGGAGCAGGCAAGUACCUGGCAGAGUGGAUAGUAAAUGGGUAUCCGUCGGAAAAUGUCUGGCCCUUGGAUCUGAAGCGUUUUGGAACCCUUCAGAGCAGUCGCACUUUCCUCCGUCACCGUGUGAUGGAAGUCAUGCCCCUCAUGUGUGAUCUGAAAGUUCCCCGCUGGGACUUCCAGACUGGCAGGCAGCUGCGCACGUCACCGCUGUACGACCGCCUGGACGCGCAGGGAGCCCGCUGGAUGGAGAAGCACGGGUUUGAGAGAGUCAAGUACUUUGUCCCACCUGGCAGUGAUCUGCUGGAUUUGGAUCACAGCAAAACUUUUUACAAACCAGACUGGUUUGAUAUUGUGGGUUCUGAAGUCAAGUGCUGUAAGGAAGCAGUUUGUGUUAUUGACAUGUCAUCUUUUACCAAGUUUGAAAUAAGUUCCACCGGAGACCAGGCCCUGGAGAGUCUGCAGUAUCUCUUCUCAAAUGACCUGGAUGUGCCAGUUGGGCAUGUUGUGCAUACAGGAAUGCUUAAUGAGAAAGGAGGGUAUGAGAAUGACUGCAGCAUAGCCCGGCUCAGCAAGCGCAGCUUCUUCAUGAUUUCCCCUACUGACCAACAAGUUCAUUGCUGGACCUGGCUGAAGAACCGCCUGCCCGAUGACAGCAACCUGGUCCUAGAGGAUGUGACCUGGAAGUACACAGCUCUCAAUCUGAUUGGCCCCCGUGCUGUGGAUGUCUUGUCAGAGUUGUCCUAUGCCCCAAUGACUGCAGAACACUUCCCCUCUCUCUUUUGCAAGGAGAUGAGCGUGGGCUAUGCUAAUGGCAUCCGUGUGAUGAGUAUCACUCACACAGGAGAACCUGGCUUCGUGCUUUAUAUCCCCAUAGAGUAUGCCCUCCACGUGUACAACGAGGUGAUGAACAUGGGGCAGAAGUACGGCAUUCGCAAUGCCGGUUAUUACGCGCUCCGCAGCCUGCGCAUCGAGAAGUUCUUUGCCUUCUGGGGCCAGGAUCUGGAUGCUUUUACUACUCCUAUGGAGUGUGGACGCGAGUUCCAGGUCAAGCUGGAUAAGGGAAUGGAUUUUCUCGGCCAGGAAGCGCUGUUGGAACAGAAGCAGAACGGGGUGUACAAGCGCUUUACCAUGUUCAUCCUCGAGGACCAUGACACGGAUAUGGACCUCUGGCCCUGGUGGGGGGAGCCCAUUUUCCGCAACGGCCGCUACGUGGGCAAGACCACCAGCAGUGCCUACAGCUACACCCUGGAGCGCCACGUCUGCCUCGGCUUCGUGCACCACUUCGACGAGAAGACGGGGGAGGAGCUGGUGGUGACCACUGACUUCAUCAACCAGGGGGAGUACGAGAUCGACAUUGCCGGGCAGCGCUUCCAGGCCAAAGCCAAGCUCUAUCCCUUCAGCUCCCUCUUCGCGCAGCGGCGCCGCAAGGAUGAGGUGGAACUGAGUGGCUACCAGAGGGAGUAGUGCUGAGUAGACUAGACCUGCCCCUUGUCCCAAGCUGGAGUCUUUUCCCACCAUCUUCUAGCCCUUUCUCUUCACCUCAUAUAUUUCUUUAUUUUCCUUUCUUGUCUUGCAACUUUUAAACUUUUUCCAGUGUGUUACAUUUUGUAUAUUUUAAAACUUUUAAUUUUCAAGCUUUCCCAACCCUGUCUGUUUCCCUCCUUCAACCCUUGCCAGGCUCCCCUGUGCCCCAGUGGAUGAAGCACAGUGCUGAACAUGCAGGGAUGCCUGUGUUUGACUGAACCCCACCAAAGGCCCUGGCCUUCUAGUGAUGGGAAGGGUUGGGGUGAAUCCCUGAAGACUGCACCCUUCCUCUCUCCUCUCCAGCAUAAGGCAUGGGACAGCAGAUCUUUGCUGCCUGUGGUUCAGGUGAUGGCUGACCUCACCCUGCUCUCCACAUACUGCGUGUUAGAGGGGUUGGUGUGUCGAUGCACACAGCAGUAGAACCAUCAGCUACCUCACUGGCAUGAGACAAAGCAUUGUGUGAGCACAGUCUAGAGACAGGUUUUGGUGUUGUCCAGCCUGUCACUGCCUCCCUUGUCCACCAUUUUGGUUUUUCCCUAGCAGGGAGUAGAUUUAACAUCAGAGUAUUGAGAUGACAGUAGUGUUGGUUAAGUGCAUUGUUGGUGGGAUUGAAUUUUUUGUGUGGGGUCACUGAAAGUAAAUGGCCUUCUAUAAAUAUAGUCAAAGAUCAACAUGUGCAUUUCACUUCUAUAAAGGAAUGUUGUUUUUUCUUUUUUAUUAGCAAGAAUACUGAUUUCUAACAAGGAUAAAUGUUAGUGUUUAAUGUUAAAUAGCAGUGUUGAAAGGCUGCUUCUGUUUAAGCUGCACAAUAUACAGUCUCUUUGGGGAUUGUCUUUCACUUUGUUUAUGUGACUUGGUCAAACUCAUCUGGCAAGGUUCGUGGAGAACUUGUGUUGUUUUGGGGAACUUGAGCAGCAGGAGGGGAUAUUAUCUCCUAGUUUUAGCUGACUGUGGUUAUUUUGAAAUUGUAGGAAAAGACACAGCAUUUGGCUCACCUGUGGUGUGAGAAACACUGGGUUUUCUGUUGGUGGUGAGAAAAUGUCUCAGCAGCUCCUGCUAGACAGAAGAAUUUGUCUUCUGUUUUCCUCCUCAAAUCUGUUGCACUUCUUUGUCUCUCAGUAGUACCUCAACUGAAGGGGUUGAGUAAGGAGUGAAGGAAGCAUGGCAGUGGGAUUAUAAAGUGCUUUUCUUCAGCACUGCUCUUUGCAUCUGGCUUCUCAUACAGAUACUCCAGAUGGUGCAGCUGGAAAUUCACCCCUUCUUCAGGUGUCAAAAUGUGCCAGUUCAAUCACUGAUGGUAAAUGGUAAAGAAACGGGAGAAUGCUGAAUUGCCUUGUGCACAUUUGCAUCAUCUUCUUCAUAUUUUGAGCACAAUCAAAAACAAAGAUGCUUUUCAUUUACUUGAAAAAGAUCUGUUCAAUGUUUUCCCUGCCUCUAAUACCACAUACUUCUCAUGGUCUUUCUGCUUCAGCAUCUGUUUUGGACUUCAAACACAACCUUGCACUGUUGUCUGCCCUGUAAGCUGUGGUGAACACUUUCUCUAUGGUCUAGAACCACUUUUGGACACUUUAUUUUCCAGUUAAAUGGUGAGCAUCAGUAAUGUAAAUAUGAGCUCAAAAGCUCCCCUGGUUCAUGUUUUAAGUUUGUGUUCUGCUGCUUCAGUUGCUUUAAGCUGUGCCUUCAGUUGGGUCUGUGGCUGCCAGUUCAGGAAACUGUAAGGGAAUUUAGGAUUUGAGCAUAUGGUGUAGUAGGUUGAAUGUAGAUAUCACUUCUCUGAGCAUGCGUUCCUUUGUCUGGUGAGUUCCACUGAAAUGUGUGGCUUCUUCCAGGAUUUCAAACCUAGUUCUGAACUGGCAUGCAGAAUUUUCCAGUUUCUGAAAAGGAGUAACCACACUGGGGCAGCUUUUUGAGAUCUCACAGCGCAGAGUACUCUCUGCAGCUGCUGUAGGCGAGAUUCCGCCUGCUUGUCAUUUCUGCCAAAUUCCCCUAUUAUUGCUCCCUGAACUGAAAUUUUCCCUGGUAUGUUAGAAUUAAUCACUUAAAUGAAAGGUUCAUAAAGCAUCUAAUGGCAGUUUAAACUCUAUAAUUACUUCUUGCAUAUCUUUUCUGCUUAGAGAGAUACCAUGAUCCCAUUGUUCCCAUGCUGGAUGUGUGUACCAGGGAGGACCUUGGUCCUUCUCAGUUGGUUUUAUGGGACACUGCUUUACCAUGGAAACAGGCAUUCAACCAAAGAAAGAGUUUUGUAUGUGGUAUUUAGGAUGUGGGGUACCCCUUCUGCUUAGGGUUUAUUGACCAUCUGUUGUGGCUGAGUAAGGCCUAAUACUCCUUCAGGAGAAGGAAAGGUAUAGGGCCAAGGUGUGCUGAAGUUUGUAUUGAAACUGCUGAAGAGAGAUUUUAGCUCGAGCUGUUCAGUUCUCUGCAGAGUUAGAAUUAGUUAAGACCAAACUGGAAAGCUAGCAGCAUGCUGUCCUUUACCAACCACUCAUUCCAGCUGCAUUAUAUUCUUCCUGUGAUUAUUUUUCCUUUUCCCUAAUUUAAUGGUGCCUGCUAGUUCCUCAGGCAACUUUCCAUACAUGGAUGUCUCUUCUCCAGCAGUUCUGACAGUAAAAUUGUGUUUUAUGAGCUACUUUUGUCAUUAUGUCUGCUAAGGUUUAUUUUAUGUCUGAAAAGUUUAUUUUAUGUCUAGAUCUAUUGACUUUUCCAUACCAAAAAUAGAGAGUGGAAAUAGUUUUCCACCAUGAUGGUAGAUAUAGCAGCACCUUGUGUAAGGCUGUGUUUGCUGUUUGAGACUUGGGAGGUUUGGUAAUUGUCAGUCUUACAGCUCAUUAACGCCUACUCCGACCCUCCCUGCUAUGAAUUCUCUUCUUGUUUUAGAUCAGAACCUGAGAGGUCUUUAACUGCUGUUCAGGCUUAGUUGAUUUAAUUUCUGGUGUAGCUAUUUUUAAAUUUACAAUGUAAAGAAUAGUUUGCUUUUACCAACUUGAACACCCAUCAAGAGGACAAUUGGAUCACAUUUUAAAAUAGUGAUACCGAAUUGGAGGAAGAUCCUUCUAGCAUAGUGUUUUCAUCUUGAAGUAUUAAGCAGUGAUGUAAGACUCUAAUCCCUUUAUCUGAUGAUUAAAGUAGAAAGAACUAAAAAAAGAACAACUAAAUCUGUUGAAGAGUUACUACCUUUAGUACAGCUUCAAAUUAGAAAAUUAAAAAUUUUAUCUUCGAAGCUGCUGUGGUCUUUACGUGUAAGAUGGUAAAUAACAGGGACUGUAAAAUUCUACAUCCUGAUUCUCAUCAUUAAAACUGCUUUAAAAUGCUUUUUGCUAAAAAAGGUUGUUUGUUCUCAUUCUGCACAGUAAGACUAUGAACCUUGGAUUGGGAAACACAAAAAUAGCAUCUCUCUCUGUGGCAGUAGAAGGGGAAAUGGCCUCAUUCCGUGCUGAAGCAGCAGCUGCAGGUCUGCUCUGUGCACCUCGUGUGUAUCAGUCACAGGGUUGUUACCAGUUCUCUGAGUCUUGCUGUCCAGGAUGGGAGCAGCCCUGUAGAUUCCUUUCAUACAGGCAUCUUUGCAGGGAAGGCAGCCAGAGAAUCCAUCUCAAUGUGCAUCCAUGGGAAGGGCUGGCUUGCCCAAGUGCCAUCAGGGGAACUUAUAUAAGGCAUAGUGCUUCCUUGCAUUAAAUGAUUUUUACAGAGAUAUUAUAUUGUCUUGACCUUGCUGUGUCCCUUCUUAAGUUAUCCUGUUUUGUUAGUCCUUGAGUGAGUAAUGCAAGGCUUGAGUAAAACUGGUACUAGAAAAGCAGGAGUAUAUUGUUCCUAUUUAACAAUCUGAGGAUAAAAUUAAUAGUCUGUUUCUAGAAUUAUGUUUUCUGUUUCAGGAGGAUGUGUUGCGGUCAUUUUCACAUCUGUCUUUGCUGGGUUUCGUUUCUUUUUGUUUUCUCCAGUAUCUAGAUUUGAUAGGCCUUGCUGGACAGUUUCUUAUUUUGUGGCAAAGAAGGGAGGUUGUGUCAAACUUCUACUGCAUCUCCACAUCUUGGUAUAAGCUUGCAUUCCUCCUUUCUUCUGUUGCAUUUGAGUUGCCAACGAUCAUGUUGCUCUUCCUAUGACACCUUCAAACUCUGCUGCUGUACAAUUGCUCAUGCACAAGGUUCUUCUCUUCCUUCUACCUGAUGCUUUGUCAUUGGAGCCAGGUUGGCUCUAGAUCUGUAUCUCUGCAUCAACUUAACUUAUUCACCUUUUAGAUGGUGCUGAUAGCAACAUCAGAACUCCAGGCAGGUUUGUGGCUGCUGUAAAUCCCAUCAUUUAACUUUCCCUGAGCCAGGAUUUUCCCAACUGUCCUUAAAACUUCUUUAGUUUCCUUCCUCAGGUGGCUGAGUGCAUUGGUUCCUUCUGCCAUCAGAGAGUGAGGCACAGCAAAAUAAAAACUGGUGGGGGGAUGAUGGAGUGGCUGAGCUGAGGUGGAAGGAGAGAUGCAGUGAAGGUUUAAUCCUUUGCUCAUUAUUCAACUCCUUAAGCCCAGCCUUGUAGAGAUGAUCAGCUUCCAUUCCCAGCUCAGGGAGCAUCUUCCUCUGCAGCCUUGAUGCUGUACAAGUGAGAGCCCUGGCUCUUGGCAGAGUUGGGACAGCAUUAGCACUUGUUUCCCAGCACACAUUUACCCCUCUCAUUGGGAUGAAGGAAAUGGUUCCACACUGGAGAAGUGGGGACUGUGUGCACUUGAUUGCCUGGAGCACUUUUGUCUCCCUGGCACAUUCUUGUAGCAGCACUGACAUCACCAGCCUCAUCCUUCUUCCAGCACGUUUGAAUAGAAUGGUGACAUUUUGGGAAGAGAUCUAUGAGAAUGAGGUAGUUCCUGUGUCAGGAAAAUGGGGAGUUGCUUACAAGGGCAGAAGUCAUUUUUAUUUAAACACAGCUCUUGGCUGCUGAUAAUGGUGAGCAAAAUGUUUACAAUCUUCAUAUUUGUCUUCCCAAAUGACUUUAUUAUAAUACUGGGUCAGAAUAAUUUCUGCCUAUUUUGGGAUGUUUUCCUGUUUUAAACUAACUUUUCCUUAAUUGAUUGUUUGGAUUUCUAUUUAAAAAAAAAAAAGGCAGUCAUGGAACAAAAGUCAAGAAAGGCAGGGGUUGGUGUUAUCUGAUGACUUCAAGCUUUCACUAAAAAGCAUUUGAAAAUUUUCUUUGCACUUUAAACUUCCCUUAAGUAUUAUGGCUGUAGCAGUGGGCUUACAGCCCUUGGCAUGAGUGGUCCUUGCAUUUGAGAGAGGAAAAAAGAAUGAAUAUUUAUAAAUGCCUUAAAGCUUUAGGUGAGAUGUUUGGGCACUGGCUGUGCCUGCCAUUUGAUUUCCUUCCUGGAAAACUGUGUGCUGUGCACCCAGAGAUGGUAACUUUGAGCAAGCACUGGGGGAUGGUGGAAGCUGCUAUUGCAGUAUGAGACUGGAAUUUUUUUGGAGCUGGGAGCCCUUGUGCCUGUCCAGUGCUGGGCUGACACCUUCCUGUUUGUUCCCACCCCGAAAUGGAUUUAUUCACUUUUUCCUUGUGGUGUAAUGGGUUUCCUUCUUUGUCUAAAGAAGCCUGGGCUGGUGUAGAAUACUCCGUGGGUGUCCCAUUGCAUUAAAGGAAACAAAAUUCUCUGCCUGAACGCUUCCCUGCUGUACCAGCUGACAUUUGCAGGCAGGAGUCAGGAGAAGCAGGAGGGGAGGGGAUCUGCUACCGCCUGUUGUGUGUGCUGAGAUGGCUCUGAGACUUCUCAUCUCCCAUUUGUCUCAAAGCUGGGCUGCAUUACUGAUGUCAGGCUGGCUUCUGGGUUACAGCACAAGCCAGAGCUGCUUUGCAGGUGUGGCACACUGGGCUGAUGUUCUGUUAGAGAUUCCACCUGCUUGGAAUCAGGAGUCUCAUCGAAGAGGAGCAGUAUGUUAUAAUGAGGAAAGUGUUCACAUUAAUAUUUACUGAUUUGUUAAUACUGGUAGCAGUUGAUCUUCCCACACAGAUCCUUGACCCUGCUACAAGCAGAGCAGAUACUUGGGAGUUGUCAGCCAUUCCAGCUAGGAUCUGAUCCAUUUUGUGUGCUUUAAAGGAAAAACUGUGCUGUUGCCUUUCACCAUGGCACCACUAAGGAUUUUUUCAUGCUAAAAUUCCCUCCUUUUCCCUUAGUGGGAUAGAUCUCACUUCUUCCAGUAUAACCAGAGGCAGAUUAAUAUCUCUCAAGUCCUUGACAGGUUCUCCUGCAUCUCCUGGUCAGGCUUGCAGCAGGACACUCAUCCAAACCCCCCUUCAUGCUUUUGUCUCCCAAGACCAGAUUUUAAAAGGGCUGGGUAGAUUUCUGAUGCAUGCUGCCAGAAUUUUACGAACAACUGAAGUUUGAACCUGUGAAAACACUCUUCUAGUGCCUUAUGUUUGUGAAUGCUGUGCAAUGGAUGUAGCUGAGGUGGGACAGAGCAAGGAGCAGUGUCAGCAGCAUGGUUCCCCAUCCACUAUGGCCAUUCCCUCUGCCCUCGCAGGGCUUUGGCAAGCAGGUGCCAGCAGGUUGUCUCCAGCAGCACAGGGAGGCUCUUUAAUCCCUUUGCAGUGUGGGGUCAGAGAAGGCUCGUGCCAGGUACUCUUCCUUCAAGGGGCACAGUGGUCUCACCUCUGCUGAGUUUGGAUUUGGAGGGGUUUAGGAGAGACAAAGCUGCUCUGAUGCCAGAGGACGUGGACAGCUGUUCCCAAGCGCACAAGUCAGGGUGAGUUUGCUGCUCUCCACUGAGGCCAUGUUGUCAUGUAUGCUGUAUUUAUAUCAUGCUUGAUUUCAUUUCAUAUUUUGGUUGGCUUAAAUGUUGCUAGGUUUGUAUAUUAAUAAAGAGGCAUUUUAACUA